GGCGCAGGAUUUGGGGCAGUCGCCUCUCGACGGCAGCACAGCAGCCAAGAACAACAGAGCCUUCAGCAGCCACCUCCACAGUCAGUUGCUGGGGACGCUCGUUGUAAAAUGAGGUUUGGAAGCAUCAUUUUAUUCGUCGCUCUCUGCUCUUUUACCGCUUAUUAUAUUUAUGAGCCAAUUCCUGAGGAGAUAGAAGAGAGAUGGAAACUCAUGCUGACCAACUCUUUUUUCAGAAGUCUCAGCAACCUGGCAGACCUCAGUGAAUUACUGGGGCUGAAGGACUACAUGGGGGUGAUGUACUUCAUCACUCUGGCUGAAAAGGUAGUGCCUGUUUCUGACGAGCAUGUCAAGGUGACAGAAGAGAAAUUUGAUGGAGUGGAGGUGGUGUUGUACCAGCCUAAGCAGAGGGGCGGUGAAACUGAGCUCAAGAGAGCUGUGAUAUACCUUCACGGUGGAGGAUGGUGUCUGGGUAGUUCCCGGAUGAGUCCAUAUGAUCUACUGGCCAGAAAAAUUGUCACUAAUCUAGAUGCAGUUGUUCUUUCUGUCGAGUACCGACUUGCCCCGGCUCACCACUUCCCGGUCCCAUAUGAGGACGUAUACCAUGUGGUUAAACAUUUCCUCCAGAAGGGGGUGCUGGCCCGGUACUCUGUGGACCCAGGACGCAUUGCUGUGUCUGGGGAUAGUGCUGGAGGGAACCUGGCAGCUGCGGUCUCCCAGCAGUUACAUAGAGAGCCUGGACAGCAGGUUCAGUUAAAGGCCCAAGCACUCAUCUACCCUGUACUGCAGGCUCUGGAUCUUAACACACCUUCCUAUCAGCAGAAUCAGGACAUGCCCAUUCUGCCCCGCACCCUCAUGGUGCGUUUCUGGAGUGAGUACUUCACCAGCGACAAGGCCCUCUUCAGAGCCAUGAUGGCCAACACCCACAAUAACCCUGAGUCUUCACGUCUGCUGAAGUUUGUCAACUGGAGCGCCUUUCUGCCAGAAACAUAUCAUAGAAAAUACAACUAUAGCGCUCCUGCUGUUGUGCAGGGAGUCGAAGGGGAGGCAAUUGGGAUGGAUGUACCAUCUCAAUCUUUGGCUGACCCAAGGGCUUCACCCCUGCUGGUUCCAGACUCUGCCUUGCACUCUCUGCCCAAGGCCUACGUUCUGACAUGUGAGUAUGAUGUUCUCCGAGAUGAUGGGAUCAUGUAUGUUACACGGCUCCGUGCUGCUGGUGUUGAGGUGACACAUGAACACUAUGACACAGGAUUUCAUGGAGGGCUGAUGUUCACUGUGUGGCCAACUGACUUCCUGAUUGCACGUCGCAUGACAGACAACUAUAUCAAAUGGCUUGAGGAAAACUUGUAAAAAACCAUCAAUAUUCAUUCCAGCUUUUCAACACAAUGCACCAGUGUUUGGUUAGGUGCAGAUUGUUCCCAUCUGGUGUUCAAGUUUUUGUUCAUUUCUUUAUCUUUCGUCAUUCUAUUUCUCAGUAAAUAUAUUGAGUAACAUAUCAGCUUCUUCUGUUUUUCCACUCAUGAAUUUUACCUCAUUAGAUACCAUUAAGAAACAGGAAUUUGUUCACAUGAGGCAGUCUGAGUAAAAUACCAUCACUUAAGUGUUGUACAUGAUUGUGUUCCUUGUCCAACCAACAUAACACUACCAAUAGGUGGAAUAUUGGGAAAUGUUGCGAUUGUUGUUGUGAAUGGUUUAACAGUGUUUUACAUGUAGCCUAGGUGGCUAGCUGACCUUUUGUGGUACUGUUCAUUGUAUCUCAUCACAGGACCUUCUACCAAAUCUUAUAUCCAUUAAGUCAGAAUCAAUACUAUAAAUUAGCAAUGCAUGCCACCAAAGAAAUCUUAACAAUCCCAUCUGGGAUUUUAAGAACCCCAAAGGGGGAAAUAAUUUUCACAACAGCAAAACUUUAAUAACUUCAAAACAUAUGUUCAGUUUGGACAAAGAGAAUGCAGCUAAUACUGAAACCUAAGAUUGUUUAGAUGUGUUUGCAAAACUAAAAUUUAGAGAUAAUUUUAAUGUAACACUGUUUUCCACAAGUAAAGGACUAGCCAAUAGUUGUGUAAUCUAUAAAAAUGUAGUAUACAGGAAGAGGCCUCUUGGGAUGGUAAAUGAUUUAAAUUGCAGAGUGAAUGGUUUCUACAUCUUAGCAUCUAUUCUCCAUUUCAACAAUCUGCAAUCAUACAAUUUUCUUCAGACUUUAAAGAGUGUAACAAAACUUAUCUGAAGUCUUGUUUGCGUUAUAAUGGCUACAGACAAUGGAAUUUGAUGAGCCACAUUCCACACAGACUGUUGUUAUCAAUCAGUAAAGAUCAUGCUGUAACAAUGUACAUACCUCCAAGCAUUCUUCACACCUUGUGUACACACAUGCUUGUGAUUGAGCUGAGCAGGGUGUGUUGUAGCCAUAUGGCAAAAAGAGGGAUAAUAACCAAGAGGGAAUUUGGUCAAAGUUGUAUUUGGAGUCUUAGUAUUUACAAUGCAUCACAAGUCUUAAGUGAAUUUUCUUUAAAAAAAUGUAGAAAGGGGCAUGUGUUUACUGUUAGUUUAAAAUGCUUAAAGUUAAGUUGUUUUGUGUUUUGUUUAUGAAUUAUCGGUUUAGGCACCAGAACCAUUUUAAAAGUUUUUUUUUUUUACGGUUUUGAAACAACAAACAAUUCCCCACCCUUUGUGUGUAAUACCCCCUUCUUUGUUCAAGCAUGGUUUAAAUGUAGUUUGAGUAAACAGUUUUGCAUGUGGGGAAUUUGACAGUCUACAUGGAAACAAUAAAGAAGCUAUCAUAGCUAUUAUAGACUUGCCUUUGUGUAAUGGAUACAGUACAGGCAAUGACACAAAGGCUGCUUUGUUGGAGGAAGUUGUCAGUGCAAGACCAAGUGCCAUUUUCAUGAUGACAUUUGUAACAUGUAACAUUGUGUGGAUAAGAUUAUAUGGCUGGCACUAGCACUGUAUGCCUAUGUCUGUUUGUUUGUUUUCUUCCAGUAUUUUAUUUUCACACAGAAAAUUCAGUAUCACAUACAGCAUGUAUCUUUUUAAUCAUGUGACAGUUUGUCAGAGACACAAAAUGCAUUUGCAUUAGCACUGCUACAUUCUGACUUGUAAAUAUGACUAUUUUUUGUUUUGGAUUCCCUCUUGGAGAACCUAUGAUUUGCAUCAUUUUUAAUUUCAAUGUUAUCUGUCAAUAAAUUGACUGGACCUCUAA